AUGAGGAGUCUCGCGGUUCUGUUGCUCGGCGCCAGCCUGCUUGCUCAUGCCGCCCCUGCAGACGGCAUUCGCGACCUGGCAGAUCGCUUCCUGGACGGAAAGGGAGACGCUUUCGAGUUCACCUUGUCAGGUAAUCACGGUAACUGGUCUCGCUGGAAUCCGCCGACCAACGACAAUUACACGAUCGCAGCGACGGCCGCGGGCAAGAUUCACAUCCAGGGCACCACUCUCAGCGCCUUGGCUCGCGGGCUACGACACUAUGCAAACGAUGUGCUGCAUGUUGAUGAUUUCUGGUUCUUUGAUCGGGACCACGAGCUCCCCAGCCAUCUGCCGCUGCCGGCAGAGCCCAUUGCCAGCUCCAGCUCGGUUCCGUGGCGCUACAACUUGAACACUGUCACGUUUGCCUACUCCUUUGUCUGGUAUCAGUGGAGCGACUGGGAGAAGCUCCUGGACUGGGCCGCCCUCCACGGCGUCAACUUUCAGCUGGCCUGGGUGGGCUAUGAGAAGAUCUACCUCGACUGCUUUCGCCAGCUCGGGCUCGCCGACGACGACAUCCUGGCCUUCUUCACCGGCCCGGCCUUCCAGCCCUGGAACCGCCUCGGCAACAUCAAGGGCACCUGGGGUCCCGAGCAGCAGCGGCGGCCGCUGUCCAUGGCGUGGAUCGAGCAGCAAGCCGCGCUGCAGGCGCGCAUCGUCGCGCGCAUGGUGCGCCUCGGCAUCACGCCCAUCCUGCCCGCGUUCCCGGGCUUCGUGCCCGACGCCUUCGCGCGCGCACGGCCCGGCGCGCAGCUCGUCCGCGCGCCCGCCUGGGGCGGCCUCCCCGCCGACAGCCCCAACUCGGGCGUGCUCUUCCUCAGCCCGCUCGACGACGCCUACGCCGAGCUGCAGGCGCUUUUUAUUGACGCGCAGCUCCGCGCGCACGGCAACGUCACCAACCUCUACGCCAUGGACCAGUUCAACGAGAUCAACCCGGCGUCCGGGGAGCCGGCGUACCUGGCGGCCGUCUCGCGCGGCUCGUACGCGGCGCUGACGGCGGCGAACCCGGCGGCCGUCUGGGUCAUGCAAGGGUGGCUGUUCUACCUGAGCGCGGGCGACUUUUGGACGCGGGAGCGCGUGGAGGCGUACCUGGGCGGACCGGAGGACCGGCAGGGGCUGGUGGUGCUGGACCUCUUCGCGGAGACGGCGCCGCAGUGGCAGCGGACGGGGGGCUACGCGGGCCGGCCGUGGGUCUGGUGCCAGGUGCACGACUUUGGCGGCAACCAAAACCUGUUCGGCAAGAUCACCAACACGACCGUCGGCCCCGUGGAGGCGCUGAGGGAGGUCGGGUCCUCCAUGGUGGGACUCGGCGUGGCGACGGAGGCGUACGAGGGGAACGAAGUUGUCUACGACCUCUUCCUCGACCAGGCCUGGUCCGCGACGCCCCUCGACACCGCGUCCUACUUCCGCGACUGGACGGCGAGGCGGUACUCGGGUGUGCGGGGACUGCCGGCCGCGGUGUACCAGGCGUGGGAGCUCCUGCGCGCCACCGUCUACGACUACCAGUCGUCGGCGCUGGUCGGCGUGCCCGUGUCCGUCUACCAGCUGGAGCCCAACGUGACGGGCCUGUACAACACGACGACCGGCAAGCCGACGGCGCUGCACUACGACCCGGCGGCGCUGCGCCGCGCCUGGCGCAUGCUCCUCGAGGCGGCCGCCGAGCAGCCGCUGCUCUGGCGCGAGCCCGGCUUCCGCCUCGACAUGGUCGAUGUGACGCGCCAGGUGCUGAGCAACGCCUUUGGCGAGCUGUACGCGGACACGGUGGCCGCGUUCACCCGGGGCGGCCGGGCGUCAGAAGUCGCCCAGCGCGGCGAGAGGAUGCUGGCGCUGCUCGGAGACUUGGACGCGCUGCUGGCGACGCAGGAGCACCUUACGCUGCGCCGGUGGCUGGACGCCGCGCGCGCAUGGGGACGGAGCACGGGCGAGGAGGAGGCGGUCGCGUACGACGCGCGCAGCCAGGUAACCAUCUGGGCGCCCGACACGCUGCUCAACGACUACGCGGCCAAGGCCUGGUCCGGCCUGGUCUCGACGUACUACGCCGAGCGCUGGCGCAUCUUCCUGGACAGGCUGGUCGACGCGCUGGAGAACCACGACGGCAAGCUGGACUAUGUCGCGCUGCACGAGGAGAUACAACAGUUUCAGACAGCCUGGCAAACCAGGGGAUACGAAGUUGAAGGCUCGAGGGCGGCAGUGCAUGUGCAAGAUGUCGUCGAAUCGGUCCAGAGGCGAUGGCAUGACAUUCUAUAA